AUGGGAGCUCAAAAUAUAUCGCCUCGCGACACUUCGGAUCCUACAGGUCGCGGCCGACGAAGAAGUCGCUCACCAGCAGAUGACGGCGCGGACCAGGCUAUAAAAUCAGAAGGAAAUCAAGAUGGACCAAAUGGCGCAUCUUCCAACUCCGACGGCCCUGGCCCUGCCAGAAAACGAAGACGGAGCCGAAAGGGCCUGGACAAGAGGUUUGAGUGUAGUGCUGAAGGGUGUGGGAAGAGCUAUUCAAGAGCGGAACAUCUGUACCGGCAUCAGCUUAACCAUAACUCUAAACAGACCUACCACUGUACUUUUCCUAACUGCACACGGACCUUUGUCAGAGGAGAUCUUCUCAAAAGGCAUAUGGACCGACAUGCUGCAAAGGGCUCGCAACUCAACCAGAGGGAUUCUAUCAUGGCACAAUCCAUAGCUCCGGGUCAAUCAAACCAACAAGUUCAACCUCCUAAUUUCAGUCGGAAUAAUUCUAUCGAUUACUCAAAGCACCAGCAAACGAAUAUGCCUUAUCAGACACCACAAGUUCAAACUCCUAACCCAUAUUCGCCCAUGAACAACAUUCCAACAGGCAUAUACCCUAAUGGAGCUCUGCCAAAUGGAAUGGAUAGUUACAUGUCCCCGACCCAGGGUUAUGAUAAUCGUACGCCACAACUCAGCCAACCACAAUCCCCUUCAUUUCAGCAAAGGCCGUCUAUGUCUGCCGGCAAUACACCAUUCAACAUGAUGUCUCCAAUUGCGAAUCAGCAAGGGUUCCCAAAUCAACAGAAUAUGUCGCAGAAUAAUUUUGUCAGCCAGCAAAACGUUAUGCCUAUGACCCUCCCUCCGGCUCAGUACCCCAACGGACAAAAUGCUGCUGUAGUUACUUCAGCGGAAUACUCAGAGCCAGGAACCACGCAGCCUAGCGAGAUGAUGAUGCUGGAUCAGAUGGCCAUACCCGCAACUGUUCCUGUCUUCGGAGAGGGAGGCGAUUCGAACAAGUCACCCUACGUUGGGAUGCCGGAGGACUUUAUGGCUUACCUCUUCAAUUCCCCCAGUCAAGCCAUGACACCAGUGAUGGGCCCGAACUACACCAACUAUGCGGAAUUACAAGGAAAUCAGUUUAAUAUGAAUCUUCUGGGCACAGACAGCAAUUCACUUGGAUACUUUCCAAGCGCUCCUCAGCAGGUAAUGGCUGUCAACAACCUUCUUGAUCAACAAGUUCCGGAAGCCACGAUAUCUGAGGAAAAGAGUCAAGAACUAUUCGACUUUAUCAAAGAGCGCUUCCAUGACAACAAGCAUGCUCCACCCGAUCGUCAAUGGGCCGAUCUGCUUGAAGGUGAUCGAUCAAACGGCGAGCAUAUGUUGAGUAAGAGAAUGAUGCAGGCUUACAUCGGUUCUUAUUGGUAUCAUUUCAGCGACCAGAUGCCUAUUCUUCACAAGCCUACUUUCUCUCCUGACAAGACACCGAACUUAUUGCUCCUCGCGAUGAUGGCCAUCGGAGGGGCUUGCCUCGACAGGACCCAUGGACACAAUGUGACGAGAGCAAGCGCCCAGCUCUCAAACUUUCUUGCCUGGCAUCUUCGAUGGGACAUCUUCAUGGACGUUAGCUUCAGGCCGCCUGCUAAACUGUGGAUCUUCCAGGCUUUGAUUCUUCUGGAAUUAUACGAAAAGAUGUUUGCGACAAGAGAACUCCACGAACGGGCCCACAUUCACCAUGCGACCACCAUCACUCUCAUGCGACGAGGACGAUCUCUGAUCGGCAAGUCUGCACUGGACUCUCCGCCAAACCCUCGUGACGUAUCCAAUGGGUCCCGGCAGUCCUCCACGUCCAGCUCGACAGGAACAGCUGAUAAAUGGUGGGAGCAUUGGGUCACAAAUGAGGCGACCCGGCGUGCAGCAUUCGCAGCCUUCAUUGUCGAUUCGAUCCAUGCAACGAUGUUUGGUCAUUCUGCAGUCAUGGUAGCUCAUGAAAUGCGGCUGCCUCUUCCUUGUGACGAGUCUAUGUGGCGAGCCGGCAGUAGUUCUGAAGUUUGGAGGAUUGAAUCAAACUUGAUGUCAAAUGGCAUCAAGCCAACUUCAUUCCUGGAGGGUCUCAAGAGAACCUUGAGUGGUCAAGAUGUCCACACGACAUCAUUCGGCAGAACCGUGCUCAUGACAGGCCUGUUGAGUGUCUCAUGGCACAUGCACCAGCGGGAUCUUCAGGUCAAUGUGCUGGGUGGCGGCAUCAUCCAGGCUCUUGGUGGUCGUGAUCGAUGGCGGGCUACUCUCACUCGAGCAUAUGACACUUGGAAAGCUGAUUUUGACAAGCAUCUUGAACGAAGCGAAGCCGCUGACCCAUAUCGAGACGACGCUACUAAGAGGCAGGAGUUCAACGUCGUAUUUGAAAGUCGCACGGUUUUGCAUCAUUUGGCACACAUGGCCAUGCAUGCUGAUAUCGUGGAUUGCCAAAUGUUUGCACGAGCAAAGCGUCUACUUGGUCGAACGAUUGGACCUCAAGAGUUUAAUAGUGCUCAAAGGCGAAUCAAAGACCACUGGGCCCACUCCGCGAGGGCGAGAGAUGCAGCCUUUUACGCUAUCAAGUUCCUCUGCUCAGUACUUGCUCCAGAUCAAGUAUCUGCAGCACAUGCGGGCGGAUACCACCUCGAUGAGCCUUACGACGCCCGCGACGAUGUUCUCCUGAACCGGCCUUGGGUGAUGUACUUCGCUGCCCUGGUUGUGUGGAGUUAUGGAUUUGCGCUCGAGGGACCUUGUCCCAAUAUUCCGCUACCUACCACAAGGCACGAGAAGCUGCAGCACAUGAGGAACUAUUUUGUCAAAUUCGGUGGCAUCGACAGUCCAGGUGCACUACAAGGUAGAUCAGGGGUCAACGCGAAUACAGCUCUUCUCAUGGUCCUCAAAGACACAUUUCAGACAACACGUUGGGAAUUGCUUCAUGAAGGAUCAGCUCUUUUAAGCAAUUGCAUUAUCCUUAACCAAGGCGGAACAAUUGAUUAA